UUCAAACUGAGACAUUUAGGUUUGAAUAACCUUUGGGUAAUUUACUAUUACAGAAGCCAAAAGGAACCAAGCAUAUAUCAUGGAGCCCUACAAGAACAAGUUAUUGGCAACUUCAACGUCUCAAGCUGAAGGAGUUUGUGCUGAGAGUUUAAUAGACAGAUUUAGUAAUCUUCCAGAAGGAGUUGCUCACCACAUUCUCUCCUUCCUCGCUCAAAUAGACCUCGCUCGAGUGAGCUGUGUGUCCAAAAGUUGCAGAAAGUUUUAUCUCUCAUUUCCCUCGUUGAACUUUGAUGCAAUGCCCUACGCAAACGACAUGUGGGAGAGGUUGAAGUUGUUGAAUUAUUUGGACAGGUUCCUGAUCCAACGAGGGGACAAUAAGAUCCAACACUUUCGUAUUUUUUGGAUCUUUUUAGGUCCAGCUUCAAGCUUCUCUAACGAGUAUUUUCGAGUCAUCUCUUGGAUCCAUGCUGCUGCAAGGUGCAAUGUCGAAGUGCUUGAUCUGGAACUCUACAUGUGUGAGGCGACAACGACGUUAGUAUUGCCAUCUUGCCUCUUUCUCUGUCGAUCUUUGCGGUUACUAACAGUGGAUUUGAAGUUUAAGCUUUUUCAAACCCCAUCCUUAACUAGUUCCACCACCCUCCAAUGCUUGAAGUUGAAAAAUGUCACCAUAGACGAGGGGUUGGGCCAAUGGAUCUCAUGUUCCUGCAAAUGCAUCAAGGAGCUGUGGCUUGAGCUUGUUCACGGGGCAAAACAGAUCACCAUCAGCAGCUCAUCUCUGGAAACCCUGCGUUUCGUUUCGUGCUAUGCUUAUUACAGUUUUCAAAACCCCAGUGGCAACUUUCAUCUUAACAUCUCAGGUGAAAGGCUUGAAGACAUCUAUAUUGACUGGAAAGUUAUCCCAACCGGUCACUCGAUAAGCAUUUUCGCUCCGAAUCUUAAACACUUGAAAUGGAUUGGAACUUUGGCGAGCCGCCAAUAUCUGGAGAAAUUGAUGUGUCUAGAAAAAGCUGAGAUUUUUCUCCAUCCCAGGAGUGAGGAUUUCAGCAAACUAUUCAGUGUGCUUUCCAGUAUCCACAGUGUUAAACUUCUUGUUCUAAAUGAAGAGACCACAAAGGCUCUAACCAAGGAACGACGAUCUCUGCCAAGAAUAUUUGAUAAUCUUGGUCACAUCUGUAUACAGAGUACAUGUUUGAAUGAUGGCCUAGUUCCGGCAUUGGCCUCUCUUUUUAGAGGGAUGCGUCAUCUGAAUACUUUUCACAUGAAGUAUGAGCCAAUUAUACCCCUCUUGUUUACCAAACAUGUUGAAGUUAUUACUGCAAGCAGAUUUGAUCGUGAAUACUGGAAAUCCCAAAAUUUGGCUAUCAUUGAUCAGCUUGAGGAGGUAACUGUUGAGCUUUCCAGUGGGAGUAAUGAGUUGGAGUUUGCAAGGUAUAUUUUGGAGGGUGCCAAGAAUCUGAAGAAAAUGGUUAUAGUUUAUUUGCCCCAUCAAUCAACUCGAAUUGAAGCAGUAAAUGAAAUUGAGAUGAACUCCCCUGCAACAAUUGUCUUUAAGAAAAGACCCAGAAGGCCCAAGCCCUCUUAUUCCCCUUGAGCAUUAUCUCAAGUGGUUUAAAUCUCCUUGCAAUCAAGAAAGGAAAGACAGAAAUGAAGACAA